UGCAAUAUUUCAAAAACAUGAAAUUACGGUCAACACUUACGACAUAGAAUUAGCAAUUUCGAAAUUGAUGCUUUAAGAAAAAUUGCGUUCAAGUGAGCUCCAAGACGAUUUCAUUGAGUUAGUUUAGUUAUAUUUUUGUUUAGUUAUUGGUUUAAAUUCGAACUUUUUGAUUGAAAACCUCUAUAAUAUUAUUGGAUCGUUCAAAGUUUUUUAUUUUUUUUCAUAUAUCUAUCAUAUUGACGUUGGCACUGUGUGUAACAUAACCUCACAUCUCAGUGAUCUCACAUCUGUCAUUUUUGUUUGUUAAAAUUUGUCUGAGGAUCACAAUUAACUUCACUAAAAUAAAAUAUUUUAUUUCCUCUUUAUCAUUAAUUUUUUCAUGUUUUAUGACCUCAUCAUUUAUGGAAAAUAAUUUAUCUUUGUGAAUAUAAUCAGUCCUAUACCAUAAUAUGAUAUUAGCUAGAUCUGAGUCUUGCUCAGAAGAUUCUGAUGAUGAGGUAAAUGAAAUAGAUGUCCACAGAAGAAAAUAUCAAUUGUUACUUGACCGAUGUGAAGUACUUCAGCAGGACAAUGAAAGGAUUGUAAACCGAAUACAAAAAGUACGCAAGCUUCUCAGACGAACUCGAAAAGAAAGACGAUUCAUCAUGAACCGUCUUGAUCAACACCUUGACAACUGGAGAACCGCGUCCCUACCGCUUGAACUGGAUGAACCAAUUGACCCUCCACUGAAAGGCAUCUCCAGUGAGCGGACAGUUCCAACGACUAAAUUAAACAAGCAGUCGUCAUCGUCGUCGACGUUUGAAAAGGGCGUGUCCACACCAUCGGCUGCCAACUCGUCGAAAAAGUCGAAGGUGGACAGUUUGUCGUCGCAGCAGCAGGCAUCUCCGUCGCCGUCGCCCGUGCCGCCCAAGAAGAGCGGCAAAGUGGCGAGUGAUCCGAACGCACCCAAGCGGCCAGCCAACCCCUUCUUCCAGUACUGCCAGGAGCAGCGCACUGUGCUGCUUGAGUCCAUUCUAAGCAGCGGCCAGAAGGAGCCCACCAAGCAGGAGCUCACCAAGCAGCUGGCCAACAAGUGGAAUUCGCUGUCCACUCCCGACAAAAAGAUAUACUACGACAUGUACAAGAAGUCAAAGGAAAAGUACACUGCUGACAUGGACAUUUACACUAAAAGCAAAGGAAAGCUGUGAUAUCUAUGUAAUAAUUCAGUACUAUUUUUAUAUCUCAAUAUAAUAUUCGAACGUGUACAAGACUAUUUGUAUACAGCUUGUAAAUAUUCCCCUUGAAUUAAUUGUUUGUAUUGAUUAGAUAAUUAUGAGGAAUUUCUAUAAAACUUUACAAUGUA